CUGUUUUGUUUAGGCGUCCCUCACUCCUUCUCUUUCGAAGUGCCUGGCCCUGUAGAGAAGGCAAAAAUAACCGUUGAUUUACAAGGGCGCAAAAAUUUCGAAAGUGAUAUAAGAGUAUUGCCAAAUCUCGCUGCACUACAUAUCCAUACAGACAAGCCAAUCUAUUCUGCAGGUGAAACAGUGUAUGUUCGCGCAUUACCUCUAACCUAUGAAGGGUACGUGUAUGAUGACGUGAUCGAGUUUGCUUUAGUGAAUCCAGAUGGUUUCGAACUUGUGAAGAAGCUCAAAAAAGCUUCUGAAGGCUAUAUUUCGCUGACAUUCGAAUUGCCUGACUAUCUUCUCUACGGUAAUUGGCAGGUUCUUGCUAGGCCUCAGGGCCUAAAUGAUGCCGACCUGAGUUUUAGCGCUGCUUUUCAGGUAAAAGAUUAUGCCUUACCACCGUUUAAAAUAAGUUUAUCCAUUGCCGAUGGACAACCUCUCAGCUCAACAGAAGUUGUGGUUGAAGCAAGAUACUAUUACGGUGCUCCGCUAUCUGGAUCCAUGACACUUUAUUGCAGUCGAAGAAACGAAUUUAAUUCAUCAAAACCUAAGCGGCUGUUGCAGACACAGGUAUGA